AUGUCUACAAUUCUGACAAGGGUCUUACUGCAGGAUCUCGCACAAUUAUUUGCCGAAGCUGAUGAUCACAACGUCGUCAUCAAUGUGGGUCAGGGUGCAGAAUCCGAAAACUUUAAAGCACAUUCGGUGAUUCUUCGUGCGAGAUCUCCUUACUUUCGAACUGCACUGUCGAAAAACUGGGCGAAAAAAGAGGGAGAUUUUUUGAUAUUUAACAAACCGAAUAUCACCCCGAACGUAUUUAGAAUUAUUUUGAAAUAUAUCUAUACAGGCGUCUGUUCGUUUGAAAAUGACCUUCAGAGCAUAUAUAUGGAUAUUCUCAUCGCCGCUGAUGAACUUGCUCUCCCUAACUUGGUCUCAUAUGUACAGAAUCAUAUCAUUUCAAAUGAUCCUUCUUGGUUACAACAAAAUAUUGUAAAUGUUUUAAACGUCACUUCUUUGCAUGAAACGUUCACCAUUCUUAUUGAUUACUGUGGUAGACUUAUCGAGGAAAAUCCCGAAAUACUCUUUAAAUCGAAAGACUUUUGUACCAUCAAGAGUUCCACGUUGACACCUAUUCUCAAGCGUGAUCUUAAAAUCGAAGAGGUGGAAAUCUGGGAUCAUUUGAUUGCUUGGGGGAUUAAACAAAAACCGGAGCUUGAUGCGGACAUAACCGGGUGGAAUUUUCGGAUAUUUAAAACCUUGCGAAAUCGACUUGAUGGCAUGAUCCAACAUAUCAGAUUUUAUAAUAUGACCGGCCAACAAUUUUAUGAAAAAAUUUGGCCGAUGAACGGUAUUAUUUCACGAAAUUUAGUUGAUGAAUUGCUUCGAUUUUAUCUUGUCCCUGGGAAUAAGGUUCCAAAAAAUUACCUACCGAUAAGAAGAAAGUUAUCAGGUAUUGUCAGUUCAUCUCAGUUGGCAGUUUUAAAAAACUGGAUUGAAGGAAGCAAUGAAAUAGAUGGUGUUUGUGAACGGCACACUUAUGAAAAAAGUAUAUUGGAUUCGACCGAAUUAUCAGUCGAAGAUUAUGAGGUAUUUCGAGUGGUUGCAAGAUAG